AUGCUGGGCCGCCAGAUGCCGCAGGAGCAGGCGCAGGGCCAGAGCUCGGGCCGCAAGGGCAACAAGCAGGACGACUUCGCGUCGCCUGAGCAGGAGCGCCGCCACCGCCUGCGCAUCCCGAGCGGCACGGCCAGCGAGGACGUCAAGAUCACGGACAAGAAGUCCAUCGUGGACGUGCGCAUCUCGGGCAUCCGCCCGCUCAUCCCGCCGGCCAUCCUGCUGGAGGAGAUCCCGCUCACCACCAAGAUCGUGCAGACCAUCAACCGCGGCCGCCAGGGCCUGGCCAACAUCCUGCGCCGCCUGGACGACCGCCUCGUGGUGGUCGUGGGCCCCUGCUCCAUCCACGACACGGACGCUGCCAUGGACUACGCGCGCCGCCUGCUGGAGCUCAAGAAGGAGCUGAGCAAGGACCUGCUCAUCGUCAUGCGCGUGUACUUCGAGAAGCCCCGCACCACCGUGGGCUGGAAGGGCCUGAUCAACGACCCGGACCUCGACGGCUCCUUCAACAUCAACAAGGGCCUGCGCGUGGCCCGCGAGCUGCUGGCCGCCAUCAACGAGCUGGGCCUGCCCGCCGGCUGCGAGUUCCUCGACACCAUGUCGCCGCAGUUCAUCUCGGACCUCGUGAGCUGGGGCGCCAUCGGCGCGCGUACCACCGAGUGCCAGCUGCACCGCGAGCUGUGCUCGGGUCUGUCCAUGCCCAUCGGCUUCAAGAACGGCACGGGCGGCGACCUGCAGCUGGCCGUGGACGCCGUCGUGGCUGCCAAGCACUCGCACUGCUUCCUCAGUGUGAGCUCGCAGGGCCUGGCCGCCAUCGUCAACACGUCGGGCAACGACACGUGCCACCUGAUCCUGCGCGGCGGCAAGUCGGGCCCCAACUUCGAGAAGGAGCACGUGGACGACGCCUCGGCCCGCAUACUCAAGGCCAACCUCGUGGACAACGUCAUGAUCGACUGCUCGCACGGCAACUCGCAGAAGAAGCACAAGAACCAGGUCAAGGUCGCGGCCAACAUCGCCGACCAGCUGCGCGCCGGCGACGACCGCAUCGUUGGCGUCAUGCUUGAGUCUAACAUCGAGGAGGGCAACCAGCCGCUGACCCCGGGCAAGCCGCUCGUCUACGGCAAGAGCGUAACGGACGCCUGCAUGGGCUGGGAGACCACCGUGGAGGUGCUGCGUGACCUGGCUGCUGCCGUGCGCGAGCGCCGGGCUAAGAGCCAGCAGUAA